AUGCAAGUUAAUAAAAGAUCUGGUGAAGACAUUGAUCAUUCUCAUGUCAAGAGACAAGCUCAAAAGGAAACAUCUGUUGCUGAAGCUGCUUUAAAAUAUGAUUCUCCUAAAAAUGGUGAUUCUAAUAAUAAUUCAAAUAAAGAUACUUCAAAAGAUUCAAGUAUAGCUAUAGAUUCUGAAUUAUUAUCUCAUCAAUCAACUUCUUUUAAUGAAAAUGCAGAUGAUGAAAAUGAUAAAAAUGAUAAUGAUGCCUCUGCUCAAGAAAAAGAUGAUGAAGGUGUUAAUGCUAAUGAUGAUAAUAAUGAUGGUGAUAAUGAUAAUUCAAAUACCGGUAAUAAUGGAGAUGAACGUACUCAUGCUCGUUUAAGUGAACAAUUGACAAACUAUAAUGCAUUAUCAAAUGAUUCUACAAAUCAAAGAGAUUCAAAUGAUGAAGAUAAUGAACAACAACAACAACAAUCUUCAAAUGUUACUCAACAAUCUCCACCAAGUUCAAAUACAAGUCAACAAUCACCAGAACAAUCAACUACUCAAAUACUUCAUCAAAGUUCUGAAAAACCUUUAGCAGGAUCUGAUGAAUGGCAUAGAAUUAGAAAAGAUAAUCAUAAAGAAGUUGAAAGACGUAGAAGAGAAAAUAUAAAUUCUGGUAUUAAAGAAUUAUCAACUUUAUUACCAACUCAAGAUACAAAUAAAUCACAAAUUUUACAAAGAGCUAUUGAAUAUAUUAAAAGAUUAAAAGAAAAUGAAAAUAAUAAUAUUGAAAAAUGGACUUUAGAAAAAUUAUUAACUGAUCAAGCUAUUGCUGAAUUAACUGCUUCAAAUGAAAAAUUAAAAGCUGAAUUAGAAAGAGCUUAUAGAGAAGUUGAACAUUGGAAAAAAGCUUCAUCUUCAAAAUAA